GCGGUGCACGACCGCUGCGCCGCCGGCGCGGAGCUCGCCGCCACGGCGCACAGGUGCCUCGAGGCCCUGGGGGCCGCCUGCUCCGGCGCCCUGUCCGGGCCGGAGUUCCGCAUGGCCCCGUUCGACUGGUCGCCCGAGGUGGUGUUGGAGCUGUUCGGCUCCUGCGAGCAGGGCACCGCGCUGCGCAGCUCGGACGUCGACGUGCGCAUGUCCUUCACGCAGUUCCACGUGACGGACAAGGAGAGGCAGCUGAGGUACCUGCGGGCGGUGGCGGCCUCCCCGGGGGACCGGUUCGAGGUCGUCCGCCUCAUCGAGGCCAGGCUGCCGGUGCUGCGCCUGCGCUUCCUGGAGGGGGGGGGCACCGACGUGGACCUCACCAUGGGCGACUCCAUGGAGGGCGGC